GAAUGGAGGCAAGUCCAUUGGCUGCCGUUGUGUCGCUUUGAAAGCGCGUCACGCUUCGUCACGUGGCGACAACGAAUUGAAGGGAGCGCUGUGCUCAAGACGAAAGCAAACCCUUUGGGAGUCGAGACCAAGUCCAUUUGAAAAGCCAGGACAAGGUUGGACAGCCGAAGAGCGUUUUUGCUUUCCUUUUCAUUGACAGCCAAAAACACGGUGUCGGCACCGUGUUUACAUUACAUUACAUUUUUACGAUACAUUUCAAACCUGUCAAUGGAUCAAUGUUUUCUUCUGUAACGGGAUGGAGUAUUUGAUUCUCGCCAAACACGGCACGUUUCGAUCUCAAAUCGCAGCAAUUUCUCAACUCAAUUCUGGCAAAAAAAAUGUUUUUAUAAAUAAAUCAGAUACAUCUUUGUAUAUCUUGAAAAAUGAAAUGCCAGUGUAAAGCUAGUUUACGGUCGCUGCUAACGGUACAGAACGGAAAUAGCCAAUUUCUCAUAAGCUACAGCCAAAGUAUAUAAUACUGUCAAAUAAAGCCAAUUAAAACCCCUCAAUAAAUGUCCCAAUAAGUCAGAUUCGUUGGUCAUGGGUCACAUCAUGGGGGCGGUGGGGCACGAGUGACGUGAAACCAAGGUUUUUGUUGUCUUAUCGAGUGCCGCUUCUCCUUCUCAUCGCAUUCAUCAAGUCGAAGAAGAAGAAGAAGAAGAAGAGCAGGUCAGCGCCGGUCGGUCGGUCUCCACGGGAAAGCCACAGACCGAGACCGACACCUUCAAAAUGGGGUCUCGAGACCCAUCUCGAGGGGUACGACGCGAAUCUCAGGGCCACGUGCGAUUGCGCUGUCCUGGCAAAAUAGCCUCUUCAUUCAAAACAAAAUAAAUACCAAAGAGAGAGGAUAGAACAAAUAGAAUAUUUCUUUACAAAUUGUCUGGCUCGCCAACGCCGAGGACAGACGGCACUAAGAUACAGAUAUUGACGUGUUUCAAAAAGAAAACCGAACCACCGCAACGGAUCGAGUCAAAGUCAAACACGGAGCAGUCGGCUUGCUCGCUUUGGUAACGUGAUCGCUUGCAUUGGGAAUUCAAUUGAAAGGUCAUUUGCGGCAAACGUCGUCCCCGUCGUUUCGGUCGUCGUGCGUCCGUUUCUUAUUUCUGCGCGUGAGGAUGCGUUCUUGCGCUCGGCCCAAAUCCACGAAACUCUUCGUCAGCACUCUGUUACUGCUGUGAAAUUGUCGCAAGACACUUUCAGGGUCACCAUUUUUCUUGUUCUUUGAAGAAUCGUCUUCUCAAACAAGCGGUUAGUUAGCUCGUCCACCUCACAGUUUGGAGGUUGCGGGUUUGAAUCCGAGCCGCGGCCCCCUUCCCGUGUGGAGUUAACGUGUUCUCCCCGUGCUUGGGUUUUCUCCCGCAUCCAAAAAUGAGGCACUUCAGGUUAGUGAAAGCUGCUUGCUUCCCUCGGCUGACGUACAUUUCUCGAAAUAUCGUUUUUGAUGACAAAAGGUGAAUUACGUGCCAUUAAAAGGUCGGGAAACACUGAAAACCCCCAAACGUUUUCAGCCUUGAAACGGAAAGCUGAAUGCUAUUGUCGUCUAGUGUAUGCCUUUUCAGGCAAAACUGUUGUCACGGCGACCAUUUUUCUCAAAAGUUGACUUAGUAAAACACGUUUUAGUUGUCCAGAUAUCGGAUUCCGUGUUGUUCGGCUUGUCACCGACUUUCAUCUUACGCGUUAACAAUGUCGUCCUCAACGGGCCACGUGGAGAAACUUCAGCGUUUGUUUUUUUCGACUUCUGUUGGGUGUUUUAAAACAAGAACCUGACCACCAUCUCUUCGGGCGCGGCGCUUCUCCCAGGCAAAGCUUUGAUUCGUGUAGUCCGCUCGGACCUUCCAGACCACCCUCUUGCCGAGACCCCCUUCAUUGUUCCUGUCCCGUGCUCACCUUCUUCCCCGGCACUUGUGUCUGCAGCGUCCCGCCAUGUCUCACCAACGGCGCCGGCGACCGCCUGUGUCCGACACCGACCUCCGACCCGGUCUCGGCCCGCGCGGCCUUUCAGAGCGCCGCGGCUUCAACGGGUCCGGGUCAGUGUCUGGAAUGUCGUCCUCACCGGCGUUGUCCUCUCCCCUUGGCUCUGGCGCGACGGACAACGCGCUGAGCAUCUUAAGCAGCUGCGGUCUGGAGCCCGCCGACUUGGCGCUCCUCGCCAAGCUUCCCGAGGACGCCCUCACCGAGGAGUCGCUGCCGCACCUGGUCCGUCAGAUUAAAUCCAAUAGAGGAGCGCUUAAACCCCCCAGCUCGCCAAAGCCUCCCGCCGGCCGCCGGCAUCAGUAUCCCGGUCGGUCGGUUCAGUACCCGCUCGACCACAUAAAGCCCACACCUCUUCCUGCGGAGCAGGCUCACGACCGGAAAGAUCGUUGGCAAAAUUCCAGGAGCUUUGCUUCUGUCUCCCAAACCCGUGCCAGCGGGAGAGACCCCCCAUCGCAGUCAUCCUCAUCCAGAUACUCUGUGUACGCCGGGCCUGCCUUCUCUGGGCAAGACCGUAGACCUGGAAGAGCAGCAGCAACUAUUCCUUCCCUCUUUUCCCCGCCCGGCCCGGCCGACAGGUCCUUCGCGGCUCCGGCAGAGAGCCGACGGAGAUCCGAGUCGGAACGAGGUCAGUCCGACCCCCCUGCCGGCCAGACUCUCGGCCAACCUGCCGGCGCCACCGUGCCGUCCGAACAGGAAGCGCACGAUUUCCACGGCACAGAACCUCGGACGUACCCGGCCUCGUGUUCUCUGUGUAAUGCCUGUGUAAUUUCAGCGAAGAACUGGACGGAACACAUCAACAGCGCCCGGCAUGCCGACGGACAACUUGGCCUGCUGCAGCGCUUUCCCGCCUGGGACUGCCGCAAGGAGAGCCUCAACAGAACUAACCGACAGUCAGAGAAGAGGAGGGAAGACAGACAGACUCUGCAGUCACCGCAGUCGACCAGUGGGAGCAGGAAGUCGCAGGCUGGUAAGAGCGCAGAGAAGAAGGUUGCUCGGAGAAGCAAAGUGGUGUGUGUCAAGUUCCCCGCUCAGUCAGUGGACGAGUCGUACCUGCGGAAACUGGCAGAGCCCUUCGGAACCAUCUCCAGGAUCCUCACGUUUCCAUCACUUGCCUUUGUGGAGUUCGACUCUGCUGAGCAAGCACAGGAGUUGGUAAAUUCCCACAACAAAUGUCCUCCAAACGUGAAAGGUCAGCGGAUAGACUUCAGCAUCUCCAACGGCUUUAACUCUGUGAAGAGCUCUUGCGUGAUCAGCUUCACGCCGCCUGCGCAAUCAGACGACGACAAGUCCGACCUCCUCAAUGUUGUCAAACGCUUUGGUCUGCCUGUGUACACACUUUUCCAAAAGUCCAAGGCAUACAUAGAGAUGAAAAAUCUGGAAGAUGCUAAAAAGUUGGUUGAUUAUUAUUCCUCCAACAUCCUGAGGAUCAACGACAAAGUCCUCCUGGUUUCCUUUGCUCCAGAAACCUCUAGUCUCGGAACCUGUGCAUUAGCUCAACGCUACCAAGAAGAAUCACCCAAGAGGAUGAGCAGCAGGGAUGAUGAUGAUCACACAACAAACGAGUCCAAGAAGAGGAGGGGAGAAGACCAUAGGUCCAAGUUCCAAGACAGGAAGUCCACUUCUAAUUACCGAGAAAGGAAGACUAGGUCUAAUUCCCGAGAAAAGAAGACAAGGUCCAAUUCCAGAGACAGAAAGGCAAGGUCCCGGUCCCGAGAGAAAUCUAGCAGUUCCAGUGCCAAGCUGCCAGAAACAGAGAAGCCUGAGACGACCGGAUCCAGUUGCGGUUCUGCUGCGGCGCCACUGAAACCCUCAGAAGUUGACGGUGUUGACCGAGAACAGAGCUACAUGGACGCAGCAGACUCCAAGGAAGACGACAGCGACAUCGAGGGAAUGGAGGUGCUAGGCGAGGAUGGCGAGGACCUGGAGGAGGAGGACAAUUUGGAAACUCUGGAGGAAGCUGAAAAGGAGGACGACUCACCUAAACCACAAGCGGGUGAGAAGAUGCCACAGGCAUGGAGGAAAAGUCUGCUGGUGCCCAUUUUUAAGAACAAGGGUGAUGUGCAGAGCUGUGGAGGAAUAACGUUGCUGAGCCACACAAUGAAGUUAUGGGAAAGAGUAAUGGAGGCUAGACUCAGGACAGAAGUGAAGAAAAGGAGGAAGACUGGGAGGCCGAUGGUGGCAAGUGUGACAAAGAACGACAUUCCACCCGCAGCCAAGCAGAGGAGCAGUCGGCUGAGGAAGUGGAGAGUUGCAUCAUGCUGGAUGAAGUGGGACAGGAGCAGAGCAGUGAUGGAGCAUCUGUCUCGAGUUGUGUACUUCAAAGACCUUCCACUGUCCUACUGCAAUGGCGCAGACUUCGUCAAGCUGACCAAAGGCCUCGGGAGGCCGGUGCGCUACUAUCUGCUGCGCGGCCUACAGAAGGGUUUCCUGGAGAUGUCACGCUGCUCGGAGGCCAUAAGAGUCAUCAAUCACCUCAACGUUUACUUCAAGAACACACAAACCGCCGUGCUGAUCUCCAACAAAUAUCGACGCCUCGUCAACGGCUGCGCGGUUCACUUGGACGAACAUGAGACAGAACUGCGCCAAAGUGGAAGUAGCUCGCGGAGCAACCGGCAUGACGAAUCCAGGAUUGACGAAAAAGACCAGUCCAAAACUGGAAGGAAGGAUUCAUCCAGAUCAGCCCAGGAGAAAGAAGAAAGCGCUCCAAAGACUCCAGAAAGGGAAGAUUCAAUCAAAAAGACACAGGAUAAGAAAUCCACAUCCAGGAACUCUUCAGAUAUUUUGUCAGUGUCCAAGUCGAACUGUAGGAAGACUCAGGACAUUGAAUCAAAAUCCAGAAAGAAUCCCGAGAUCAAGUCUGAUAAGACUUUGGACAUCAGGUCAGAAGGCAGGAACACUUCAGUGAGUAAGCCAGAGGGCGAGAAGGCUCUGGAAAUCAAGUCAGACAAUGAAAAGACAGUUGAGAAUAAACAGGAAGGUGGGAAGACGCUACAGACAGUAUCAGAAAGUGGGAAUACUCUUGAGAAUAAACCAGAAGGUGGAAAGACUCCUGAGAUCAAAUUAGAGUCUGAUACGACUUUGGACAUGAGGUCAGAAGGCAGGAAGACUGCACAGAGUAAGUCAAAGGGCAGGAAGGCUCUGGAUAUCAAGUCAGAUAAUGAAAAGAAGCUUGAGAACAAACUAGAGGGUAGGAAGACCCCAGAGACCGCUUCAGAAGGGGGGAACAAUCGUAAUGUCAAAUCAAAAGACAUGAAGACUGCAGAGAACAAAUCAGACGGUGGGAAGACUCUUGACAAUAAACCAGAAGGUGAGAAGACCCCAGAGAUUGAAUCAAAAUCCAUAAAGACUCCUGAGAUCAAACUUAAGUCUGAGAAGACUUUGGACAUGAGGGCAGAAGGCAGAAAGACUGCACAGAGAAAGUCAGAGAGCGGGAACGCUCUGGAUAUCAAGACGCGUGAGAAUAAACUAGAGGGUGGGAAGACUGCAGAGAUCGCUUCAGGUGGUGGGAACACUCACAAAGUGAAAUUAAAAGACAGGAAGACUCCAGAUAAUAAAUCAGAAUGUGGGAAGAUUCUGAAGAUCGAGUCAAGCAAUGGGACAACUCUGGAAGCAGCAUCGGAAGGACGAAAGACUUUGGAGGAUAAGUCAGAAGGCAGGAAGACUCUGGAGACAGUAUCAGAAAGUGGUAAGACUGUGAAGAUUGAAUCGGAAGGUAGCAACACUUUGGAAAAUGAGUCAGAGGCCAGGAAGACUAGGCAGAGUGAGUCAGAAGACAGGAAGACUCUACAGAAGGAGUCAGAAGCCACAAAGACUCUCGAAAGUGAGUCCGAAGGCAGGAGCUCGCAGAAGAACGAGUCAAAAUCUAAAGAGACUUGUAAGGUCAAGUCAGAGGCCGGAAAGACUGUCAAGACACAAGAGAAAUGUGGGGAGAAUCUCGAGAGAGAAUGCGUUUCUUCAAAGUUGUCAGAGGAAAUGUCCAGCAAAGAUCCCGUAAGAACCGACUCCAGGCAGGAAGACCCAAGUCCUGAAGAUGAAUUCUGUGAGCCACUGAAGAGAAGAGCAUCUCCUGUGCACACCUCUGUGCCUGGAAAGAUCCGGAAGGAAGAGGAGAGAGGGGAACGGUCCAAUGAGAGUGAGAAGAAUCAGGCGAGUCUGUUUGUUGUGGUCUAUUUUGGUGGCAUCGAUGCAUUUUGACCGUGGUGUUUGCAGGAAGCUGAUGGAACUUCAAGGACCCCCACAACACCCCUCCAGCCCAUUGGAACAGAGUUUGUGCGUCCAAUCGUUGGCUACUUCUGCAACUUAUGUCAGGUGAUCUACGCUGACGAGGACGAAGCCAAAGUGCAGCACUGCAGCAGCCGCCAGCACCACUUCAAGUUUCAGGAGAAGAUGAAAAUGGUGACGUCACGUUGUCAACUUUGAAUUUGUCACCUUUUUACUUUGCCAAUAAAUUGAUGUGAC